UGCUCUCUUGUGUAUCUUUGAUACUGUCCUGUUUCUGCACCUGUCACUUUUCUGCAACUGUCCCAUUCAUCUGACCUGUUCUUCACUUGCUUUAGGGACACACAUAUUCUCUUCACGUAUUUGUUUUGUUUUUGUUUUUUCACUUCACACUUCUUCAGUGUAGGUCAUUUGUGCGCACAUUUUUAUAGAGACUUUGACACAAACUGGGACUUUUUACCUGGACACCAUUUUCUAGGAUCAUAUUUGUGGUAUUUGUUUCUCUCUAUAGACACCAAGAAGACAUUUUUGAACAUUCUAGUGUAACAAUAUUUGCAAAGUUUCUUCUGUAUUUUAUCCCUAUUUCAUUUAUUUUUAUAUCCCCAAACUGCAUCUAUAUCUUGGGCUAUUUUUGGGUCUCACUUGUGGUAGCUGGAGGCAGAAGGAUGCCGGUUCAAAUCCCGGAUGACCAGGACUUCUCCUCCUUCAAAGACCAGUGUCUGAAUCCCGAAGGCUGGAUCCCCAAGUUCAACAAGAACAACAUCACAGUGUGGAUUCGUGCUGAGGAGAGCGCCACCGUACAGAAAAUCAAGAUGCGUAUCGUGUGCAAAGAUGUUCCCGCGGAGACAGUGUAUGACGUGCUCCAUGACACCCCCUACAGGAGAAAGUGGGACACAAACAUGAUUGACACCUACGACAUUGGACGCCUCACUGUCAACGCCGACGUGGGAUACUACUCCUGGAGGUGUCCCCCUGGACUGAAGAACAGAGACUUUGUGACCAUGAGGUCUUGGCUUCCUUUGGGCAAUGACUUCCUCAUCAUCAACUACUCCGUCAAACACCCGCAACAUCCUCCAAAGAAAGAGUACGUGCGCGCGGUGUCCCUCCUCACAGGGUACCUGAUCCAGUCCACCGGACCAAACUCAUCCACCCUCUACUACCUCACCCAGGUAGACCCCAAAGGUUCAUUACCAAAGUGGGUGGUGAACAGAGUGUCUCAGUUGGUGGCUCCAAAGGCGAUGCGUAAGAUCUACAAGGCCUCGCUCAAGUAUCCUGAGUGGAAGCGUAAGCACAGCCCCCAGCUCAAGCCCUGGCUCUACCCAGAACAGAACAGCCUGCCCUGCGUAGACCCGAGCUGCCUCAGCCUCCAGAGGGCCGACUCCCUGGAGAACAUCGACGAGAGCGGAGCCAACGAAGACAAGCCCGCCAAGGACCAGAGCGAUGAAGAGCAGGACCAGGACUGAAGCAGGGACUGAAGCAGGGACUGAGCCAGGACUGAGCCAGGGACUGUACCAAGGACUGAACCAGGACUGAACCAGGACUGAACCAGGACUGAACCAGGAAUGAACCAGGACUGAACCAGGACCAGAGCAGUGAGGACCAGGACUGAAUCAGGACAGAAGUAGAACUGAGCUAGGACUUAACCAGGACUAGACUGAAACUGAACCAGCACUCCCAUGACAUAAGUAGUAUUCUGACUUGUCCUUUGUUUCUUGGCUGUAUUUUGUGUGAGUAAAAUAUCAUUAAAAACACACGUCUGUUUUGGAGUGUUUUGAUUUUGUUAGUACUGGACUGAUUGAGAAUUACUUUAGGUUAAAUGCAUGCUCUUUGUAAAUGCACCUUCCAUUUUGAAUGUUCUUGAGUUUAGGUCGUGGUCUGAUGAGAGAUUUGUACUGCGCUUGUGGUUAAAGGCCCAUAUUACUCUGUUCUCUGAUCUGUGUUAUCAUGUUGUUUCCCCAUCACAAACAGACCUCUAGCUGUGUUUUGUUUCUUUCACACACACAAAUCCUGUAUAUUUAGGCUGAGUUCUUCUCUCAGAAAACACUCUGCUCCAUUUUGUGAUGUCAUGUGGUAAUACAGGAAGUGCUCCACUGUGUUUUUAAACUCUGUACACCUUCACUAGAAUCAUAAACAUAGUGCAUUUAAACGGUAGUGCUAUUCCAGCUCUCACAAAUGAAUAUUGCCUUUGUGUCAUUAGGCAAGACACUUAACCCACACGCCCCCCAAGGUCUGUGUACACUGGUGUAGGAAUGAAUGUGUGAAUGGGUGAGUGGUUUCUUGAUGUAAAGUGCUUUGAGCCUUGAAGGAAAAGCGCUAUAUAAAAACAUUUACCAUUUAACUUGAAAACCACCACCUCAUGACAUCACAAAGUGGAACAGAGCAUUUUGAGCAUUUUGAAGAUGUAGACAGACUAAUAAUAAAGAGUUACUCAAACAUGUGUGAAUGAAAAACACAACUCCAGGUCUAUUUUUGAUGAGGUAACAACAUUAUAACAUGGUUUAAAGCUCACAAGAGUCCAUUUUGUGUAAUAUAGGGCAUUUAAAGCGUUGUUAAAUUUGAAGUUUCUUAGAAUGACAAUGUGCCCUUUCCUGUAAAAUACCACAAUAAAGAAAGAUUUUC